AUGCGAAGAGCAGUGUCCCGCCGAUGUCAUUUUAGCGCCAUCUGCACCUCUCCUGGUGAACCUCGAGUAGCCGACGAUGUAGCAACAUCUGCUUUCAGCAGUGUGGAGUUGAAGUUGUCAACUUUGUAUCGAAAUUACCUGCAGCUUACGGAAUGCGACUCGGCUCUGAAAAAUGAAAGCAGAAACUUUGAAACCGCUUUUGGCUCUCUUCAUCGAGGCCAUCAACUCAAUGCGCUCUACGCCGAUAGAGUAUCAGGAGAGUUCGUUCCCUUGUUUAUUGACAUGAAUCAGCGCACAACAGCUGCAGAUCGAACACCUGCCGAGUGUACAACACCGUUUGCAAUGGCAACUGGAGCAGAACAACAGGCAGUUGCAGGACUUCGGACCUGCCUGUUCAACUUUGCCAUCAGUGACAUCAUGCGAAAAGCAGUCGAUCAGUGUUCUGAAAACAUCGUCUUAGCCAGCCGAAGAGGUGACAUCAGAUGUCCGGGAGCGGAUCGAUGCGAUCAACCUAGCGCAACGUAUCGCGAAUUUUAA